AUGGCCUGCUGCCUGCUCUUGGCAGUGCUGUUCGCCUGCACUGCCGCGGAGAGGGCCUCGGGAGCCAGGACAUAUCAGAAUGAAGUCGAGGGGGGCGGAUAUGCUAGACUUCGCGUCAACACCGUGGACAAGGUGAAAGUGGAAGCCAUCUCAAGAGAGGAAGCGAUCCGGAUGCGACAGUCUGGGUACCGCUUCCAUGAGGUGGAGCAUCACCACUUCUCCGACCGAAGCUCCAAGAAUGGAAAGCUCUGGCAAGAGCUGAAGGAGGCCGCCAAGGAGAAGGUGGCCCGCGAGUUCCCGUGGGAGCAGAAGCCGCAGAACCAAUCGACCAGAACAGCGGCUGCUGGCGGACGCUCACUGAAAAGACAGGAAGCCUUCAAAAAGGAGAACACCUCGUCGAAGAUCACCAAAGACUUAGAGAAGGUGCUAUUUCCGCAGGAGCAGAUCCGGCCCCAGCGGGUCGGCGGCUUCCUGUGCGCACAGUUUGACUUGGAUCUCUUCGCGCUGUCUGGAGGCGUCUUUCCCGGCCUUCUGGGCAUAGGGCUCCUGGGCGACAUCCACUACCAGCCUGCCACGAAAUGCUUCGGUUGGACCGCGGAGCUGUACCUCAUGCUCUCCAUCGGCUUCGGCCUUUUCGGAAUGGACUUCCGGGUCGCCCUGGUGGUGAUUGCAACGCUCGUGGUGACCGAGCGUCCGCUCGCGGCGGGCGCUAAAGACCUGGUCUGGGAGCUGCCGCCCGGAUUCGACACCUCGCGCUGCCACAACAAGAAUCCCUUCUCCCUCAUCUCUUCGACCAGUCGGGAAGGAUUCAGCUUCAUCUACACGCACAUCCUCACCAACAAGUACUUGAAGCAUGCAGAGGUCGAGGUGCAGAACUAUCUGGAAAAGAACCGGGAUGACAUCGCCAACUUCAAAAAGUACUUGGACCUCAUCGAGCCACCGCGCGCUCUUCCAGCGAAGCUUGUGUCAGCCAGCCAGAGCCAAGGCCUGGCGAAGGAGGGCAUCGUGGGGAACGUGGAGGUGAGGGGAGAGUGGCUCAACGUGUCUCGGCUGGGGCUCUCGAACCCUAAGCCCUAA